CCGCCAUACAAGACACGCCUAUCUCUCCCGACCAUGAUAGCUCCCCCCAACGAGAGGAUCCUUCUCUUUCGACCCGGCCAUCCACCCCAUUCCCCUUGAGAUUCCUCUCUUUCACUACCCCUCCUCACAAUGGCCGACGAAGACCUCUCUCUAGCUCCCUCCGCUCCGACACCGUCCGUCAGUACCUCGGCCCAUUUCUACCCUUUCGCGACUUCCCCGGAUAUCAUUCGGUCGCACGAAAAGGAUGUCUUCCUGACAGGGAGCCUGACGAGUCAAGUACACUCGAUCGUGCGCUCCCUUCGCGGCGCUCGCUACGCUCACACCCACUCCGAUGCCAUCAAGCACCUGACCGAGAUCCUCUACUUCUCCUUGACCACAUUAGUCGGCAACCGGACCCUGGGCGAAGAAUAUUGCGACUUGGUGCAACUGGAGGAUGAUACCCUCCAGCUUCCUUCCCUCCCCAGACGAGCUGGGUAUAUCCUCAGCACCAUUCUAUUGCCCUGGGCGCUCCAGCGAAUUCUCCCCGCCUUCCGCCAGCGAUUGCGUUCGAAGCUGGAACGCAGCAUCGCUCGGCAACAGCUCAAAGCGGCUCAGAUCAAGGGGAUGGUAGAGCGCGCCAAGAACAAUUCGUCUAAGAAACAGUCUUUCUUCACGAAACUGCGGAUCCAGAAAUACAUAUUAGAGCAUCUUGACUCAAUCACGUCGCUGUCGCCUGUUUACGCUCUAAGCAUCGCAACGUUCUAUUUCACCGGCGCCUAUUACCACCUGUCAAAGCGGUUCUGGGGACUACGGUAUGUGUUCACGAAGAAAUUAGAGGAUAGCGAACAGCGGGUUGGUUAUGAGGUACUGGGUGUGCUCUUGGUCUUGCAGAUCGCUGUACAGGGAAUACUGCAUAUCAAGAAGGUUGGGGCCGAUUUACAACAGGAGGACCAGAAUAAUGGGCUGGAGGUAGGCGGCGCAAGCCAGUACGGGGAUGCCGUGCUACCUUCCCUCGAGCACCCUUCAUCGCUUCCUCUCCUCCCGGCUUCCAGUGCGCGGUACGAUUUCUCGGAGGACUCCAAUGCCAUCCCCUGGAUCCCUACCGGUCAGCAGCGCAAAUGUACGCUUUGCCUGGAGCUGUUCAAAGACCCAAGUGUCACAACCUGUGGGCAUGUUUUUUGUUGGACAUGUGUGCGAGACUGGGUAAGGGAGAAGCCCGAGUGCCCCCUUUGUCGGCAGGAGGUCCUCUUGUCUAAAGUACUGCCCCUCAGGGGAUAGCCUCGCCUAUAUGUGGGCGACUGUACUUGCAUUGAUCGUGCUGGCACAUAUAUCACGACUUUAAACUCGUUUACGCUCUCCCUAUACGACUAUGCCAUGUCUUGAUUUUUAUGUCUAUACCCCAUUAUAUUCUAGAGGCAGUUAUCUACAG